UUUGCAUUUUAUUUGAAGCUCUAGACAACAGAGCGCUCCAAGUCACGUGGACGUCUUUUCAGGGAAGUCACAUGUCGCUCUUACAGCGCUUUGAGGGAGGUAAAGGGUCAUCCGUUAGCGAGUUACCGGCAGGUGUCGAGCUUGUUUAUCCCACAAGCGGAGAAAGGUAUUUACGCUCUUCGCUAUAGCCGUGGAAGAAGAAGGGACCGCUGUCGGAAAUAUGAAAGAGCGAUUUCGAUGAAAGAACUGUUUGCUCCGGUUUAUAGCGGCAGACACCAUGAAUUACGUGGGUCAAUUGGCUGGGCAGGUACUGGUCACUGUCAAAGAGCUGUACAAGGGUAUAAAUCAAGCCACGCUGUCCGGCUGCAUAGAUGUGGUGGUGGUCCGUCAGCCCGAUGGAUCCUUUCAGUGCUCCCCCUUCCACGUCCGAUUCGGCAAGCUGGGGGUCCUCAGAUCACGAGAGAAAGUGGUGGACAUAGAGGUCAAUGGAGAGCCAGUAGACCUGCAUAUGAAACUUGGUGACAGUGGCGAGGCCUUCUUUGUGCAGGAGGCAGAACAGCACAAUGAAACCAUUCCUGCCCAUCUGGUCACCUCACCCAUCCCAACAGAGGACCCGGGGUUCUGGGGCCAUGACUCACGUGUUAUGGGUUCCUGUGUGGAAGGAGGGCCAACAGAGGAGCUGACCGGCAGCUCAGGGGUGAAGAAGAGGAGGAAGAGGAGGAAGAAGCAUAAAGGAGACCUGCGAAAGGAAGAGACUACUGUAAGCACCAACAGUGAAGCGGAGAUAGACAAAGACAAGAGCUCUGAGGAUGACAACCACAUAUACACUGGCCGACCCCUAUCACUGUGUGCAGUGAAGGACUCAGCCAUAGAACACAGGCACCCUGCAUUAGUCUCUCAGGACAAUUACCCUUUAUCAGACGGUGACUGGAGGCCCUCCAACUGCAGGAGUCAGUCCCAGCCCAGCAGUCCUAAGAGUGACUCUGAGCUGAUGGUCAGAUCUCCAGAGAGCAUGCACGGGACAGAGGCUCAUAUGCAGUGGACAUGGGGCGAGUUUCCAGAGUCCACCAGGGUGAGCCGCAGAGAGAGGUCUGAGUCACUGAAGACGGUCACAAUCACCCCCUCAGAGACUACACACUUCCGCGUCAUUCUGAGCUCCAGCGCCAUGGCCACCUCCACACCCGAUCCUGUCCGUCCCAUUGUCAAACCGGAACCACGUAGCCUGAAAUUAGACGCGCCUCUAGUGAAGCCAGAUGUGACUUGUGCAAAACCAGAGGCCCCUGGCCCAAAGUCAAGACGGCCAUCCAACCCCAUGGGUAUCCAUGGUCACGGGUCAACAGUGCCCCCAGCUGCUGCCCGUUUGCUGGGGGACAUGACAGAGGGUCUCCCGAACGUCAAACCCAGUGAUAAAGCAGACGUCUUCUGCGAGAGGAAAGUUGUAAGGAAACGGAGUCAGCAUCAAGGUCCAGAUGACAUUUACCUGGAUGACAUCACUGCUCUGGAGCCAGACGUGAUGGCACGCUACUUUCCCAAAAAUGAGUGGGACUCUGCUGCUCAGCACUGGGUGGAAGUCGGCCGGCGCUCAGGCUCCCAGUCCCCUCAGUCAGUGGGCAGUGCAGCAGCAGACAGCGGGACAGAUUGCCUCUCGGACUCUGCCUGUGACCUGCCCCACGUCUCCCUGUCUCUUUGUGGAGGCCUUGGUGAUGAUGCCCAGAUUAACAAAGAGAAGUUCAUGGAGCACAUUAUCACCUAUCAUGAGUUUUCUGAAAACCCAGCCAUCAUUGACAACCCCAACCUAGUGGUGCGAAUAGGCAACAGGUAUUACAACUGGACCCUAGCAGCUCCCAUGGUACUCAGCUUGCAGGCUUUCCAGAAGAGCUUACCUAAGGCCACAGAGGAUGUGUGGGUGAAAGAGAGAAUGCCUAAGAAGUCUGGUCGCUGGUGGUUCUGGAGGAAAAGUUUCAAGCAGUCAGAAUCUAAGUCUGAGACGUCUGAGAGGCCCAGCAGAGGAGACCCAGUCCUCUCAAAAGACAGCCCCAUCCCACAACAAAAGGUUGCCGACAUUUCCAGUGAAGAGGAGACAGAACUCAGCCCACCGACCAUUACUGACCGGGCGCCCUCAGAAGGCCACAACAACACACACUCCUACAAGAAGUCGCUUCGCCUGUCCUCUGACCAAAUAGCCAGCCUGAGGUUAAGAGAGGGUCCCAAUGACGUGAUGUUCAGCAUCACCACACAGUACCAGGGCACAUGCCGAUGUGAGGGCACCAUCUACCUGUGGAACUGGGACGACAAGAUUGUCAUUUCUGACAUCGAUGGAACCAUCACCAAGUCAGAUGUGUUUGGGCAGAUUCUUCCUCAGCUGGGCAAAGACUGGACUCAUCAGGGUAUCGCAAAGCUCUACCACACCAUACACCAGAAUGGCUAUAAAUUCCUGUACUGUUCGGCGCGGGCCAUUGGCAUGGCAGGCAUGACCAGGGGUUACCUGCACUGGGUCAACGACCGAGGCACCAUCCUGCCACGGGGUCCACUCAUGCUGUCACCCAGCAGCCUGUUCUCAGCAUUUCACAGGGAAGUGAUUGAGAAAAAGCCUGAGAAGUUCAAGAUCGAAUGCCUCACAGAUAUCAAAAACCUUUUUCCUCCCAACACACAGCCUUUUUAUGCGGCUUUUGGAAACAGAGCUAAUGAUGUGUUCGCCUAUAAACAUGUCACGGUGCCUAUAUGCCGCAUUUUCACCGUAAACCCUAAAGGAGAACUCAUACAAGAGCAAAGCAAAAGCAAUAAAACAUCGUACAGCAGACUCGGUGAACUUGUGGAUCACGUGUUUCCCCUGUUAAGCAAAGAGCAGACCUCAGCCUUCUCUAAUCCAGAAUACAGCUCAUUCUGUUUCUGGAGACAACCAAUAGCGGCAAUCUGUCUAGAAGAGUUGCUCUAACCAAACAUGGCAUUAAACCCAAAUGUGACUGACUGCCCAGACUGGGCCUGAACUGACCUGCUAACUAUAGCAGAAAAAGGGCACUUUCAAUAAGCUUAUUUAAAUAUUUUAAAAUUAAAAGUGCAUGUAAAUAAUUAUUUUCAACUUGUAAAAAUAUAAGAGAUUUAAACCACAUUGGAUUGUGUUAGUACACCUACAGGGACACUUUGUAGGCAAAUUCUGUAACUGCUACCGCUGUUUAUUUGUUUGAAUGCCUUAGGAGACAACAAAUUCCAAAUCAUUUAGUGAAUACUUCUGAAGUAUUGGGUGAAUAAAAAAGUCUUCUGUCAGAAACUGGCUGAGGAGUAGAAGCUGCUGCUUGGCGCCUUACUGUUGGAAGCGAUGCUCAGGGCACAGACACACACAGAGAAAUGAACCAACCCUGUGACAACUGUAUGUGUUGUGUAAUCCUACAUAUGGCUUUUCAAAUGGACUUGGUUGAAGGCAUUCCAUUGUGCUGUUGAAGAGUUGCACUGUGGUCGUGUUUAUUGCACUGAAGGUUGACCGCCUCUCCUUGACACAAACUCCCCUCUGGUUAUGAGGUCAGAGCUUUGGUUAUGAGUGCACAAAUCUAUCACUCUGUUUUUUUUUCAGUAGUCAUUUCAUGUAUGGAAAAUAUUGAUAUUUCUUGAUGAUAAAGAUGAAGACAUUUUCCCUAGAGCUGAUGAACUCUAAGCUGAAUUAAGACUUGCCACAUAUUACUUUUAGUGUUAUUAGAUGUAUAGCCUACUGUUGUUCAAGUAGGCCUAUGUUUUUUCUAUACGAAAAUAAACAAAGGUUAGGUUUUUUUAUGUUCAGGCUAGACCAUGAUCUAGACCUUGCUAUUGUUUACU